GCCACAGGAAAGGAAAUGGUGAGAAGAAGAGGCGGACAUGGAAAUACCAUCAAGGGUUGGCUUGGGGUUGCCCCUCUUCCAAGGAUCAUGGAGAAGACGAAGUCACUCAUAUAACAAAUGACGUCUCUUCUCACAGGCACCUUCUUCUUCUUCUUCAUUAUUCAUACCUCGAUCCUCUCCUGAUUACAGAGAUCGAUUUCAAAGAAGAAUCAUGCCGACAUUUACAGCAAUAGCUUUGGAUAGGUUGAUUGAUCCCGCAACUUCAAAAUCCAUGAAAUCUGUCAGUGACUUCAGAAUGGAGAGGAGAAACGCUGUUCCUGAUAAGACUCUUGAUAUAGGGCUUCCACCUCCUAACCCUAAGAUGGGGAGAAGAAGAUCUAGCACACCAACUCCAUCACCAACACCAACAAACACAGUAACUUCUGCUUCUUCUUCUACUAUAGAUAAGAAGCAUCAUUGGGCUCAGAUAACCCCUGCUCUCUACGCCACCCCAGUCCCUACGCCAGUUCCUGACACCCCUUCAUCUUCCUUUCCUCCGUCACCGUAUAUUAUCAAUCACAAGAGACGCGGCCCGCGCCUGGUUAAGUCUCUAUCGGUGGAUGAUGUCUCGAUUAGGAAAGUAGAAGGAGAGAAGGAAGAUCAGGGCAUGGGAAGUGAAGAAAGGGAUGUUGGUGAUCAUGCCAAAGAUGUGAUCUCAUCUGUUUCUUUGCCUAGUAGUCCUACAAAGAAGGAUAAUUUAACUGCCAAUUGUUCUUUGGAGAAUUCAUGGGAUGUCUUGAGAAUACAGAAUCUUUCUUCCUCUUCAGAAAAUCAUUUACCCAUGGAAAAUGUUUUGCUGGAAUCUGCUCCAGUUCUUCAUUCAGAACAUAAAAUCGAGGUUGAUGGUUCUGAAGACUCCAAAGAACCAACGAGUUCUAGGAUGAAUGUUGGAGAAAAGGGCAUUGAGGUCGACUCGACUCUGAGUCUUACUACACCAGCAGCCGAAUUCUACGAUGCUUGGGAUGAAUUAGCUUCUGAGGGUAGUGGACAACAGUUAUCAUCUCAACUAGACAUUGAAUCUGAACUGCGGGAUAUCAGGUCAAGUUUACUUAUGGAAACUGAAAAAAGAAAACAAGCUGAAGAAGCCACAGAAAAUAUGCGAAUUCAGUGGAAAAAACUGCAGCAACAGUUAUCUUGUGCGGGUCUGUUUCUUCCAGUUGAUCCUUUGGCUUCCCAGGCAGACCAAGAGCAAUUGGGUGUUGAUCCUGCAGAAGACCUCUGUCAACAACUAUAUGUUGUUCGACUUGUGUCAAAUUCUAUUGGUCGGGCUACUGCUAAGGCCGAGGUUGAGAAUGAGACAAAAGCUCAAAUGGAGUUGAAGAAUUUUGAGAUUGCGAGAUUGUGGGACAAAUUGCGUUAUUAUGAGAGUGUAAAUCAUGAGAUGUCUCAGAGGAACCAGGAAGCCGUGGAGAUAGCAAGACGUCUUAGGCAAAGAAGGAAAAGAAGACAUCGAUGGAUUUGGGGGUCAUUCGCGACUGCUACUGUCGUAAUUGGUACUGGUGUUUUAGGAUGGUCUUAUCUAUCUUCUUCUUCAAGAAACAAUGGAUUGUCUUCUUCUAGUAACCAGUCAUCAGUUGAUGCAGAUCAACAUCCUGCAACAAAGUAAUACACACACCAUAUAGCUCAUCUUUACUGAAAAAAAAGUAAAAAUAAAUGAAAAACCAACCAUAUACUAGGUUUUGAUAAUAACAUUCUUAGUGUAAAAGUGCGUCAACGAAUAAAUUAAAUUUCCCUUCAGCUGGCAUUGCCGAAUUAGGUGAUGAUAUACAUAAUUGAAUUGGUAUUUUCUUGUGUUA